AUGCCGAAGAACAAGGGAAAGGGAGGAAAGAAUCGCAAGAGGGGUAAGAACGAAGCCGAUGAUGAGAAGCGAGAGUUGGUGUUUAAGGAAGAUGGUCAAGAGUACUCCCAGGUACUCCGUAUGCUCGGAAACGGCCGUUGCGAGGCCAUGUGCAUCGACGGCACCAAGCGUCUCUGUCACAUCCGUGGUAAGAUGCACAAAAAGGUCUGGAUCGCCGCCGGUGACAUCAUCUUAGUCGGUCUACGUGAUUACCAGGAUGACAAAGCUGACGUAUCGCUGGUGGACUUGAUGAGGAGGAUGAUAACGCCGGUGAUGAUUACAUUGAGUUUGAAGAUGAAGACAUCGACAAAAUCUAGGCGUCUGGAACAACGAAAUCUUUGGUUUGGAUUGGGCUAUCACAACAGACAUUGUGCGAGUUUGAAGAAAAAGGUUUAGGGAUUAAUUUAGAAGAAUGGUGGAUCAACGAACAUUUUGGUUGAUCGGAGGUACUAACGCUCAUUUGGUUGCUGUUCUUCCUGAAUGUGGUUGUCGGAAUCGAAAUCUCGUUCACAUUGACGUCAAAAUCCUAUGGAGAUGAUGAAGAUGAUGGGUUUGUAGAUUCGUUCACAUUGACGUCAAAAUCGAUAACUAUAAUGAUGGUGAACUUGAUUGCUAUAACUGUAGGGUUCAACCGGAUGAUCUACUGUUGUACAAUGAAUUCGUUUUCUUGGAGGUGUGUUCUUCAAUUUUUGGUUUUUGGCAUAUCUGUACCUAUUUGCAAAAGGGUUGAUAGGAAGAAGAGGGAGAACACCAACAAUUAUGUGUGUGAG